GGGGAACACGCUCCGUAGGGCGCGGGCGCGGCGGGGUGCGGGCAGGGCACCCUGCGCAUGCGCCCUGGCUGCCCGGACGCCGCCCGGGCCGAGCCUGGCGGAAGCGCGGCGGGCGCAUGCGCGGUAGCCGCAGGCGAGGCUGGCCCGGGCGCGCUCCUUCGCGAAAAACGGCGCGAGCCGGGGCGGAAGCGGCGGUGGCGUCAUCGGCGGCGCGCCGCGGCGCGGGGCGACGGGCCCGGCAUGAGCGCGGCCGAGCGGGGCCCGGGCCCGGGGGGCGGCGGCCCCGGUCCCGGCCCCGCGGCGGAGCCGGGCGGUGGCGGGCGGAAGGCGCGGGGGCGGCCGCGGCUGACGGAGUCGGACCGGGCGCGGCGGCGGCUGGAGUCGCGGAAGAAGUAUGACGUGCGGCGGGUGUACCUGGGCGAGGCGCACGGACCCUGGGUCGACCUGCGCCGCCGCAGCGGCUGGAGCGACGCUAAGCUGGCGGCCUACCUGCUGGGGCUGGAGCGGGGGCAGCGCGCCGGGCGGCGCGGGAAGCCGUGGGAGCAGAUCCCUAAAAAGCCCAAACGGAAAAAAAGGCGGCGGCGCAACGUCAACUGCCUGCGGCACGCGGUGAUCUGGUACGAGGACCACCGGCAGCGUUGCCCCUACGAGCCGCGGCUGGCGGAGCUGGACCCCUCGGUGGGGCUCUACACGACGGCCGUCUGGCAGUGCGAGCGCGGGCACCGCUACUUCCAGGACCUGCACUCGCCUCUGAGGCCCCUCACCGACUCCGACGGCGACAGUGACGAUGCAGCAGCUCCUGGCAGCUCCUCCUCCUCAGGGGGCUGCAGCUCAGGCUCGGAGGCAACACCAGGGGGGGCCUCGUUAGCUCCAGGGGGGGACGCAGUGGCCCCCCCUGCGGGUCCAAGCCCUGCCGAGGGUGCUGCAGAGGGGCAGGGGGCAGCGCUGGAGGCCGUGGUCUGCGUGCCACUGCCUCUGCCUCUGCGACUGGGCACAGGGCGGGGGACGCUGGCCGAGGGGGGGCCACCUACCCUGCUGCAGGGACCCCCCCUCCUCAUCCUGGCCAGCCCCGGCUAUGAUGCGCUGGGGGGGCUGCAGCUGGACGUGGGGGGGGAUGAGGUGCCCUGCGCUCUGCUGGAAGGGGGGGGCGCCUUCCCCCCACCCCCCCUGGACCCCCACCUCCCUAAGACAGAGGAGGAUGAGGUGCUGGGGCUGAAGCAGGAGGAGGUGCCCCUCCCUGCCGCCGAGCCCCCCCCGCAGCCACCUCCGGAGCCCCCCCGGGAGCCGCUCCCGCCCCCCCUUGCUGAAGAUGCUGAGAGCGGUGACGUAUCGGCCAUCAUCUACGAGAUCCCCAAAGAGCCCGAGAGACGGCGGCGGAGCAGGCGGGGCCGUGCCCCCCACCCUGACCCCAAGGAGCUGCCAGAGCCCAUCGCUUGUCCCUAUGCGGGCUGCGGGCAGGUCUAUGUUGCUCUCAGCAGCUUCCAGAACCACAUCAACCUGGUGCACCGCAAGGGCCGGACCCAGCAGUGCCCCCAGCCCGGCUGCGGGAAGAGGUUUUACCUGGCCAACCACCUGCGCCGGCACAUGGUCAUCCACUCUGGUCUGCGGGAGUUCACUUGUGAGACCUGUGGAAAAUCCUUCAAGCGCAAGAACCACCUGGAGGUGCACAGGCGGACGCACACCGGGGAGACCCCCCUGCAGUGCGAGGUCUGCGGGUACCGCUGCCGCCAACGUGCCUCCCUGACCUGGCACAUGAGGCGCCACGGUGGGGCCGCGCUGCGCCCCUUCCCCUGCGAGCGCUGCGGGAGGCGCUUCCAGCGCCCCGAGGGACUCAAGUUCCACGCGCUCAAGAGCCACCCCGAGCCCCGUGGCACCUAGUGGGGCGGUCUGGACCACCACCCCCCC